AUGUACCAGGUGCUGCUCGGAUUCUUCGCUGUCGUGGCGAACGCCGACUUCGCGGUGGAACAUGGCUUCACCGAACCUUGGCCAGAUGCUGCUACAACGGAUCUGCAAUCAUCUGCUCAUGUCUUACACGGUCCGCAAGAUUAUUUGCUGGAAAUCGUGUACGAUCUCCGACGCACCGAAGUGGAAUCUGCGCAUCGGGGAACCUUUCAGGUUCCGCUGCGCGCUGGCCAUAUAAAGGACCAGCCAAGCCUAGAGCGACUGGGGCACGACGCUCUUUUCGGCACAAACUCACGCUUCUUCAUGUACCAGGUCAGUUACCUAAAUGGAACUAAGUGUUAUCGCUCUAGCAAUGUUAUGCUUUUAAGAGUGUCGUGCCCCAUUAGCAAGCGACAAAUGAUUGAGUGUCUUGAACAUGCCAGCCUGUGCUUCGUUGAUGCUCUACUAUUCUCUCUCUACGACGGCUGCCUGACGCUUUCCCAAAUCUUACUGCUCCUAUCGGGGGAUGUAGAACUAAAUCCAGGGCCCAUGAAUGCAGUUGAACGUGACCAAAUGACAAACAUUGAAAGGAUUCUCUUAGAAAUGAAAACAGGCCAGGAAACUGUGCUUGCGAAGUUAACGGAAAUUACAACAAGACAAUGUGAAUUAGAAUCCAAAAUUACGGGCUUAAUAGAGAAGACAAACAAUGUAGAAAGUCGUAUUGCUCGGGUGGAAAAAAUGGAAGAUAAAUUUAUGGCUAAACUAGACGACUUGGAGAAUAGAAGCCGUAGACAGAAUCUGGUCUUUUUCGGGUUGCCUGACAGGGAGCAUAACGAGACGUGGGAGGCGUCUGAAAAACUAAUAAGUGGAAUAUGCAAAGAUGUGAUGAAACUUGAUGAUAUUUCGGUUGAACGGGCUCAUCGCGUAGGCGUUUUCAGAGAAGGCAAAAACCGGCCCAUAGUAGCAUGCUUUUCAAGGUGGAAGGCUAGAGAAAAUGUCUUUAAAAACGCUUGCAGACUAAAAGGCACUUCGUACAGCAUCUCUGAAGAUUUCAGCCGAGCCGUACAAGAAAAAAGACGUCAGCUUUGGAAUUAUGCGAAAGAAAAAAGAGAGAACAAAGAAAAUCGUGUUCGCUUGAGUUAUGAUAAAUUGAUCAUCAAUGGGCAAACGUUUGUUUGGGAUAGCGAUAUGCGGAUGCCAGUUCCACUUCAGGCGCAUGCGCGACUGGACAGAGGCAAAUGACGCAUUCCGAAUUCCGUUCCUCCGAAAGAUAACUCAGCACGUUGCUCGCAGCCUGAACGGCUCUCUGUCCUGCUUGUGAA